CUUCUCGCUGGGAGCUCAGUUCACCAUCUGGCGUUCUAUUCACUGUUCGUGAUAACCAUAAACAUCUAAUUUGUACCAAUUUUUUGUUAAAACGGAAAAAUUUUGGCAGGCACGGUGGGUGAAUGCCGUGGUGUAUCAACGCAAAAUAAUACUUUCAUACACAUAAAAUCUAUGUAUUGGUUAUAUAGAUCGCCGUGUAUUAUAUUGCGUAUUAUAGCGUGUUUCUUAGCGAGUUUUUCUUUUUUCAGUCGGUUGCGCGCACAUGUGCCUGUGUGUGUGUAUGUGAAAAGCGGUGUGCGGUGAUUUUAAAGUGUUUGUUUUUAUUCACAUUGCGAAGAUGGAGAAUACGGAAGAUGAAAGAAAUAUGUCAAAAAUGACAAAUGUGUCCAGCCUUUUGUUGUUACUUAGCACGCUGUUCAUGGGUGGUCUCGUCAUUGUCAUUCGUUAUUUCGCCAAUCGAUGGUCGAAAUCCAGCCAAAGUUCACCGAAAGAUUCAUUCGCGAUGCCGUCCUCGGAACCAUCAUCACAAUCGGAAAGUAUAUCGCAAUCUUCGCAAUCAUUGGAGAAACGCCCGAAAAACAAGAAACGUCGAGAGCAACAGCAAGAAUUCACGCAUCCUUGGUUAAUCGCCACGCUAAAAGGACAUACAGGACUCGUCACUGAUAUGGCUUUCUCUAAUAACGGCAAAUAUCUCGCGAGUUGUGCCGAAGUACACGUCAACUGUACAAAAAUGUCGGGCGGAGAUAAAGGUCCCGUUCCACCGCGUUGGCUUCACUGUCCGCGCAAAGCGAUGAGGAUGAUCCAGAACAAAUUUUUGGCCUUCAAGACACCUCUGUCUUCUGCCUAUGACAGUCAAGUGCCCGAGGCGUGCCGUUGGCGCGUGGAUAUGCUCUUUGCACAUCUGAAGAGUCAGAAAUUGACGAUGGGAUUGUGGAUAGACUUGACAAACACGACGAGAUUCUACGAUCGCAAGAGCAUCGAGGAUCACGGCUGUAAAUACUUGAAACUGCAAUGUAGAGGUCACGGUGAGACUCCGUCACUGGAGCAGACCCACAUCUUCGUGGAGGUUUGCAAGAAUUUUAUUGCGCAGAAUCCAUUGCAGAUCAUCGGUGUACAUUGUACACAUGGCUUUAAUAGAACUGGAUUUCUGAUAAUCAGCUAUUUGGUGGAAAAUGACAUCAGCAGCGUUGAUGCUGGGUUAGCGGAGUUUACUACUGCAAGACCACCUGGAAUUUACAAGGGCGAUUACAUACAAGAGUUAUAUAGACGAUACGAUGAUGAGGAGGAUGCUCCACCUCCACCUGCAAAGCCCUCAUGGUGUCUGGAAUGUGAUGAGUCCAACAUCGAGGACACAGAUCAAGAAUCAAGUACAGAAUAUGAAAACGGUCAUCAAGAGGGACAGGGCAAGAAGAAGAAAAGAGAGUACAACAAUAGAAAUCCAGUAUUCAUGGCUGGUGUGCCUGGUGUUACACCUAUUGUAGAGAAGAUGAGACUGUCAGGAAUCCAGAAACGAGUUCAAGAGAUUUGUGGGUGGACGUCUACAGGAUUCCCAGGUUCCCAGCCUGUGUCCAUGGAUGUCGAGAAUAUGAAUUUGUUGCAUACGAAACCAUACCGUGUCUCCUGGAAGGCAGAUGGCACAAGGUAUAUGAUGUUAGUGCAAGGAGAUGGAGAAGUAUACUUCAUAGAUAGAGAUAAUAGCAUCUUUGAAGUAAACGGGUUAACAUUCCCUCAUUUGCGAGACAUAAACAGAUGCUUGAGAGAUACUCUAAUGGAUGGUGAAAUGGUGAUCGACAAAGAUAAGGGCAAAGAUAUACCUAGAUAUUUAGUAUACGACGUUAUUAUGUAUGACGGGCAAGACGUUAGCAAGUUACCGUUUUAUCCUGACCGUUAUUCCAUUAUCGAGCAUAAAAUAAUUGCCGGUAGAUUAAGAGCUAUGAAGGAGGGACGAUUGAUAAAGGAACGAGAACCCUUCUCGGUGCGACUGAAGUAUUUCUGGGACGUAACAUUGAGCAAAAAUUUAUUAGGCGAGAAAUUUGCCAAGCAGCUUUCCCACGAACCAGAUGGCUUGAUAUUUCAACCCGCUAAGGAAAAAUAUUGCACGGGAACAUCCCCGGAGGUCUUAAAAUGGAAACCAUUGUCAUUGAACUCUGUGGACUUUCGAUUGAAAAUCGUCACGGAAUCGGGUGUGGGCAUUCUGCCGAAGAAGAUUGGCCAUCUGUACGUAGGCGGGUUGAAAACACCGUACAGCACGAUAAAGAUCACUAAACAGAUCAAAGAUUUGGACAACGAGAUUAUAGAGUGUAAAUUCGAAAAUCGACAAUGGAUCUUCAUGCGGCAGCGAAAUGACAAAUCGUUCCCUAAUUCCUUUAAUACAGCCGAGUCUGUGUGCAAGAGCAUCAACAAGCCGGUCACGAAGGAACGACUUUUGGAGUUCAUUGAUAGAUGCAGAUUUAUGCAGGAUGACUCGGACCUUAUGCCACCGCCAAGCAAGAAAUUAAGAUAAUCCUAGAUACACAUUAUUCGACUUAUGUACAUUUAUGUUAGUGAAUCAUACAUACGCAUAGAAGUAUCGCAAUUUUUACAUCUCAAGUAAGUUUUCCGAAUACAUCAUAAAGAAUAAAACGUUUGCGAAGUAUAUUUAUGUAUUAUAGAUUAAUUAGCGAUUCAUAUUUAUUUAAUUGCAGCAUGGGUACUGGACUCUUAAGUCUCGAUUUGAUUUUAUACUUCUCGCUGUGUUCUUAAUAUAAUUAAUUCGAUCCGAUUUUUAAUUGUAUGUUGAUUGUAUGUGAUGAACCAUAGAUAACAGUUUGAAUAUAUCUUUUUGCUUUUAACAAAUGAAGAAAAGAGAAGAAAAAGUAAUAUAGCACAAAAGUGAUGGAAAAGUAAAUAUUUACGACAUCGAGAUGUCCACUUUAUGUUUGUGAUAAAUGUGCCCUUUUAAUUUUGAUUUUGAUUAUCUCUUUAUCAGAAUAUUUCUAUUUACUCAACGUUAUACGAUGUAAUAUUCUGAUCAAUUAAAAUCGAUUGUUGAAUAAAGGAACUUUGUAAUAAUA